AGGCGGAGGGUGGCGGCCGAGCGCACAGGGAGUCCGCGGGAGUCGGGGCAGUGGGGCCGCCGGGCGCGCGGGGCAGGCGGCGAGCGGAGCCGGCCGGAGUGGGCCGGGCAGCGGCCGCCGCCGUCCCGGAGCGCAAGGGCGGGCCGGAGGAUGGAGCUGAACUCCUUGUUGAUCCUGCUGGAGGCGGCUGAGUACCUGGAGCGCAGGGACCGAGAGGCCGAGCACGGCUACGCCUCGGUGCUGCCCUUCGACGGCGACUUCGCCAGGAAGAAAACAAAGGCGGCCGGCCUGGUGCGCAAGGCCCCGAACAACAGGUCUUCACACAAUGAACUAGAAAAGCACAGACGAGCCAAACUCAGGCUGUACCUGGAGCAGCUCAAGCAGCUGGUGCCCCUGGGCCCCGACAGCACGCGCCACACCACACUGAGCCUCCUGAAGCGCGCCAAGACACACAUCAAGAAACUAGAGGAGCAGGACCGCCGGGCACUGAGCAUCAAGGAGCAGCUGCAGCGGGAGCACCGCUUCCUGAAGAGGCGCCUGGAGCAGCUGUCAGUGCAGAGCUUGGAGCGCGUGCGCACGGACAGCACCGGCUCCGCCGUCUCCACCGACGACUCAGAGCAAGAAGUGGACGUCGAGGGCAUGGAGUUUGGCCCCGGUGAGCUGGACAGUGUUGGCAGCAGCAGUGACGUGGAUGACCACUAUAGCCUGCAGAGUGGCGGCUGCAGCGACGGUGGCUAUGGGCCCCCAUGCCGGCGGCCUGGCUGCCCCGGCCUCUCGUAGGCCCAGUGGUCUCUGCUCCGUGGCCCGCCUGCCCAUCCAGCCAAGUGCAUCAACCCUGCAGCCCUCAAGCCUCUCCGUGGGCCCACUGCUGUGCCAUUCUGGAAGCUCCAGCCACCUCCUGGGCUGCCCACCUCCGCCUGCCUGCCUGUCAAGGUGCACUGUGCCGUCUGCCCCUCCCCGCUGGGCAGGGAUCCCUGCAGGGGGCGGGUCCAGCUCCCACAUCCUGGAGCCCAGCGUAGCCGCCCACGGUUUGUUCUCAGAUUCCUAAUCAUUCCAGAAGUAUUAAAUAUCAUUGCUGCAAACCUCGGCGGGCGCCGUGUAAGGGGCUUAAUGACCACUGCGGGAGCUCAGACCCUAGCCCGGAUCCCAGGAGAAAGGAGUGGACCGAGGAAAGAAGGAAGGAAAAAAGGAAGGAAGGAAGGAAGGAAGGAAAGGAAGGAAGGAAGGAAGGAAGGAAGGAAGGAAGGGAGUGGCUCUCCAUCCGUCCAUCUGCCCAUCUAGGCUCCUGAAGUAUGGACAAAGGGAUCCAUGAAGGGCGGGACUCGGGUGAGCACCCUGGGGCAGGAGGGUGGGGAGGGGCUUUUGCACCCCAUGGGUGUCAGGAGCCAGGGCUGGGCUCCUGGGGCAGGCCAGGGCACCCCACACCCAGCUAGGCAGCUUCUGCUCUGUUAGGUCCCUCAGAUGUACACAUGCACACGCCUAGGCACACCUGCCCGCAUACACAUGCAGACACACAUGGUCACCAGACCCAGGGGUUCCUUGGAACCAGAGGGCACAUGUCCAGGGAUGGUUGGCCUUCAGUGGUCCUCUGGGCAAACUCUGGCCCCUGGCCUGUGCCUGGCUCCCCCUCCCACCCCUGGUCACCUGCCCAGUCUGCACAGGGAAGGGGGCUUCUCUUCCCAGCAGGGGCUGAGGUGUGGCAGGGGCUGGAGAGUUGAGGGAAGUGGGUCCUCAGGAGCUUUCUCAUCCCUUUAAAAAAUAAAUAAAUAAAUAAAUAAUGGCUGCACUGCCUGCCUAGCAACCCAGAGCAGGGCUCCUGGGAGAGAUGCUUUCCCAAAAAACAAAAGAAACGUUUUUAAGAAGAGAAAACAGCUCCAAAGCCUCCCGCUGAGUGCCGUCAGCGUGUGCUGCCGCUUCUAUUUCCUGUACGAGAUUUUUGUACUCUAUUUUCCUAGCAUUGUUGUGUCCUUGUUUGCUAAGGGGUGGGAGCGACCCAGCGUCUCAGGGACUCAUCUAUCUGUCACCAUCGUCCAAGUGUGCCUUGUGUCCGGCGUCUGGCCCCACCCCAACCACACCACCAGCAUCUCCCUCUUGGCUCACGGGAUGCCCUCCACCUGCCCAGCAGGUGUCCUCCUCACCUUCUGCCCAUGGGACAGUCCCUCCCAGCAUCCAUAACUUCCUGGGAGUAAGAGAUUACAGGGCCAGGUCAGGGGCUACACUGGGCCGUGGGGCUGCUUUCUGUCACCUGGCAGGAGGAGCCAUGACCCAGUCGCUGAAAAUGUCAUGUCCCCAGCAGCUUGUGGGAACCUGCUAUGCAGCCUGGCCUCCUGGUGGGGUGAGGGGAGGGGCUGCUAACCAGAGAAAUAGAUUCUCACCUGUACCCAGCUUGAACUCGCCCUGCUCCCCAGGCUGGGGGGCGAGGGCUCUAGAUUUCAUACAUUGGCAGCUGAUGAAGACAGCACACCCUGGGUGGUCAGUCCUGGGCAUUAGGAAGCUUCUGGCCUUUCGUUCCCAAGUCCUUGUUCCAGGGACCACACGCAGUAAGCAAUAUUCGGGGAGUGGACUGACCCAGCAGUGUCUGUCUCCCUCUCUAGUGCAUUGUAACCCAUUUCCAGAUCGUGUUUAUUUUCAGCCAUGCCGAGACACCCCAGGGUAGGUGGCCUAACCCCUGAAAAUAGCUCUGGCACAGAACCUGCCCUGUGUGGGCUCAGGAUGGCAGGUGACGAGCAGGCCUGUGGGGGCAGUGCUCAGAGGAGCUCGGGAGAUUGUCCACACCUCUUGCUGGUGCUUGUAAGGAAAACUGUUCUGUGGGCACCUCCUUCUAGCUACACGAGGGUUCCGGGGGCCCUGUCUGCCUGAGCAUGUCCACUGAGCGUUCCCCGUAUCCUCUGAGCAGGGCAGGAAUACCUGCAGUAAGGGCCUGCUUUAGGAUUCACAGGUCCAGGCAUCUUAAAGCAGCAGCUCCCCACCCCACCCCCAACACCUCCGGCCAGCAGAAUCCUACCCUGUGACCAGCCUUGGCCUUCAACUGACCAUACUGGCAGCUCCACUAUGGCUUUUCAGGCCAUGGUUCCCAUAUGGGCCGGGGAGGUGGCCUCACAGGCCACCUGGGGUGCUGUGGUCCCAGAUGCCCUCUCCACACGGCAGACAUGUGAGAGGUGGUCCUUGGGGCCAGGCUGUGGUGCUAGCACUUACACAUCCAUUCUCGCUCCGUCCAGCUCCUGCCAUUUGCACAGGUUGGCUGUCGCUGGUGGCCAUAGGACCCAGCGGACGGAUUGCUAAGAGCAUCCCUGAGCUGUCAGCUCUGUAGAAAGCAAGACACCAGACAGCACCCUCUCUCCCUGUGCCCUCUUGCCUGUGUGUGCCACUGUAGCAGGCUCAGGUUUGGGUCUCCACGGUCGUCGGGAGGUGACCCGCACUCCAGGUCACACCACGCUGGUAUAGGCCCAGCUGGCUGGGGAGGCUGCAGGAAGGCUCCUCCUUAGAGCCCUGGGCCUGCUUCUGCAGAUUGGUCUCGGAGGCACGGUGCCCAAGCCUGCUUUCCUGGGCAGAUGGAGCCCCACACCCAACUAUGGCCCUGAGGGCCCUGCCCUGUUUUCUGCCCCAGACAACCCCAUCUGCUGGGUGAGGCAGGCUGCCCCCACUUCCUACCCCCUGCUUAUUUCUGGGCCAGCUACCCUGGGGUCCCCUCCCCACUGCUGUGCACACAGGACUCUGACCCUGGGCCACGUCUAGGGCACUAAGGCAGGUUCCGUGCCAGAGUCUGGGGCCGCCCAGGGGGCCUGGUGCUGGCCACGUGGGCGCAUUACAAGAUCCUCCCUGGAGAGAGAUGGGCCACCCACCCACCUGCUCCCAGGGAGGGGCUGUGCUGUACCUUCUGUCUUUGUAUUAUAAAUACAGAUUUUUAUACCUCA